UUCUCUUUCUUGAGUCUUUUUCUUUCUAUCUGAAUCUGCCCCGAUUCGGCGAAUAGGUUUUCAUUUCAUCUUACUCUCUCCUCCUCUUCUGUGUCUCCACAUCCAAUCCAAGCAACUAAGAAAGCAGCACCACCGAGGGUUUUUUACUUCUCUCUUCUCUCUCUUCUCUCUCUCAGCCUUCGCAUCUCACAUCGGUUUUUUCUGAAUGUGACUCAGAUUCAUUCACUUCUCCUCACUCAAUUUUAGGGCUUUUCUUAUCUCCUCCCCCAAAACCCUCACUGUCACCAUUCGAUUCGCUCUCCGAUUCCUCGAUCUCACCAUGGAGGCUCGAGAUUCGUCCACUUCGCCGUCCUCCACCGCCGCCAACCGUGACGCCUCCUCCGUCACAGAUGCCGACGAUGCCGUCUUCACUGUCACCGUCGCCCUCUCCAAGGAUGCUGCCUUGCAUUUUCAGUCUGGCAAGUUCGCUGACUGCGUCGACGUCUUGAACCAGCUCUUGCAGAAGAAGCAAGACGAUCCCAAGGUACUUCAUAAUAUUGCAAUCACGGAAUUCUUCCGUGAUGGAUGUUCAGACCCCAAAAAGUUGCUUGAAGUACUUAAUGGCAUCAAGAGAAAAAGUGACGAGCUUGCCCUGGCUUCUGGAGAACAAGGGGAAUCAGUUAACAAUGUUGGAAAUAAAGUUGUUUUGGGAUCCAGAUCACAUCAGUUUUCAGGUGCAAAUAGCACCAAUACAAUGUAUGCAGAUGAAUUCGACUCUUCUGUGGCAAUGCUAAAUAUUGCCAUGAUCUGGUUCCAUCUCCAUGACUAUGCAAAGACAUUAUCAGUUUUGGAACCCCUCUUUCAAAAUAUUGAACCCAUAGAUGAGACAACAGCUCUACAUAUUUGCCUUCUGCUGCUUGAUGCUAGCCUUGCUUGCCAUGAUGCAUCAAAAUCAGCUGACGUGUUGACUUAUCUGGAAAAGGCAUUUGGUGUUAGCACCAUGAGUCAAGGUGACAAUGGGAACUCUGCACAGCAGCAAUCUGCAAAUACAAUGACAAAGUCUACACCUGUUGCCAUUAAUGCACCUGCUGCUGAUGCAUCCAGUUCAGAUUUGGGGUCAGGUGCUAAUGUCUCUGAAAAUCAUCUAUCCAGAGCUCUAUCUGAAGAUACACUUGAUUACGAAGCCAUGAUGUUGGAUAUGGGUGGACCAAAUUUAUCAAGGCCGAUGGGUCCAACUUCAAAUGAUCUUUCAAGGGCUUUGGCUGAUAGGUUUUCUACUAUUGAUUUAAAGCUCAAGUUGCAACUUUACAAGGUUCGGUUUCUGCUGCUGACUAGGAACUUGAAGCUAGCAAAACGUGAAGUCAAGCUAGCAAUGAACAUUGCACGUGGAAGAGAUUCAUCCAUGGCUCUUCUUUUGAAAUCUCAACUUGAAUAUGCUCGUGGUAACCACCGCAAAGCAAUAAAGCUAUUGAUGGCAUCAAGUAAUCGGACAGACCCAGCAUUUUCUAGCAUUUUCAACAACAAUAUUGGGUGCAUAUAUCAUCAGCUUGGCAAAUAUCAGACGUCCUCAUUAUUCUUUUCAAAGGCAUUAAAUAAUUGUUCAUCCCUGCGGAAGGACCAACCCUCAAAGCUAGCCACUUUUUCCCAGGAUAAUUCUCUUCUUAUCAUUUACAAUUGCGGUGUGCAGUACUUGGUCAGCGGGAAGCCACUACUUGCUGCUCGCUGUUUCCAAAAGGCAAGUUUGGUGUUUUACAAACAGCCUCUCUUGUGGCUCCGGAUCUCAGAAUGCUGUCUGAUGGCUUUAGAAAAAGGCCUAAUUGGAUCAAGUCGGGUUUCUUCAGAGAAGUUGGAAGUUGGAGUUUGUGUUGUAGGGACGGGAAAAUGGAGGCAACUUAUUUUGGGAGACCACUUUCCAGUUGGUGGAGAUAUGGGUUCAUCUGAAAGGGACGAUUGUCCUAGUGAUGAUGGACGGCUGAAGUUAUCAAUGACUCUUGCUCGGCAGUGCCUCUUGAAUGCUCUGUACUUGCUGGACUCCAGUAUUACAAAUUUCGUGAAGUCUGAUUUGCCAUCGAAUUCUUCUGUGGAGGAAACUGAUACAAGUGAAGUGUUGUCUUCAAAGAAUUCAAAUCUUAAGAAUUUACAUGGCAUCGAUGGAAAGGCGUUUUCAGUAGCAGUAGGUAUAGGUCAGGUUAAUUCAAAUGGGGACACAAAAGAACAAAAGGGAGGAGCUGGUCAGGAACUCGUGCAGAACUCCCUUUCCUAUUAUGAAGAAGUUUGUAGAAGAGAACAUCAACUGGUUAAGCAAGCUGUUCUUGCUAAUCUGGCGUAUGUGGAGCUGGAAUUGGACAACCCAGUGAAGGCACUGGCAGUUGCAAAAUCUCUCCUAGAACUACCAGAAUGUUCCAGAAUUUAUGUCUUUCUUGGGCAUGUUUAUGCAGCUGAGGCUCUCUGUUUGCUGAAUAGACCAAAGGAAGCUGCCGAACACUUGUCAUUUUAUUUGUCUGGGGGAAACAAUGUUGAAUUACCUUUCAGUCAAGAGGACUCUGAGAAAUGGCGAGUGGAGAGGACGGUUGAAAUUGAAGAUUUAAAUGGAGGGUCCACAGCAGCGAAGAAUUUGUCUGCUGAGCAGACACAAAGUAUUGUUUUCCUCAAGCCAGAGGAAGCGCGGGCAUCCAUUUAUGCAAACUUUGCAGCAAUGGCUGCAAUGCAGGGUGAAUUUGAGAAAGCCAGUUUGUUGGUUACGCAGGCAUUAUCCAUACUCCCAAACUCCCCAGAAGCCACACUCACUGCAGUUUAUGUGGAUCUCUUGCUUGGUAAGCCACAGGAAGCCCUAGCCAGAUUAAAACGAUGUAGCCGCAUUAGGUUCCUUCCUAGUGGAAUAAAAUUGAAUAAAUCUUUUUGAGUGUUGUAUGCUUGGGUUUAUCAUUGUGCCUUGCCCAUUUGUCAACGUUAGGUAGCAGGUAGGUUAAUCCUUCCAUAGCAUUUGUAAAAUAUAUAAAGUUCAACUCAGAAUAAUUUUUUUCUUCCCUCUUUUUGAGUUCCUUUUCCUUAAAAUUUUCAAAUUUAGGGUUCAGUUGUAGGGUGGUGGCUGUGUUUUGAUUAGUGCCAGUUUCCCACCUUUAAAACUUGAGGUGUAGAUCUGAUUCGGGUUGUGUUUUUAGAGGCUAAUUUAGUUGAUAUUCAAGAAUAGGGGUCAUGUACUUAUGUUGAGAAAAACUGAAAAGGUGAUAAUUAUUUCGAAAUUCCAUUUUUAAUUCGAGGGGCUGAUCUUUCUAAUUCU